AUGGGAAUGGUGGAAAGCACUGCUGAUUCUGACAGCAUCAAAAAUCAGCCAGUAGAGUCUAAAAAAAAAAAGGGUUCAUAUCUCAGUAAGGUUUCCAAGCCAUUUAAUGCUACAGAGCGUUAUAUCAAAGACCACUCAACAAUCUUAAAGUACAUCGUGCUUGGCAUUAUCGGAGCAGGAUAUGUGGCAUACUUCAUUGCUGCCUGUGUACUGGAUUUCCAUAGGGCCACUGCUCUCGUGGUCCUUACUUGUUUGGCAGUUGCUGCCGUGUUGUACGAGAUGGUGAAGAAGCAUAAGGGGAAAAGCAUCAGUCGGUCUUUCAAACCCGCAGUUCGAUGCUUCAAAUCCAACCUGAAAUGGCUAAAAUGGGUCUUCAUCCUAGCAGUCCUGGCCCUGCUUGUGGUGUGGCUUGUUUUAGACACACGGAAACGUCCUGAGCAGCUUAUCUCAUUCGGAGGUGUGUGCAUGUUUAUCGUGCUUUUAUUCCUCUUCUCAGCUCACAGGUCAAUGAUCAAAUGGAGGCCAGUUUUUUGGGGUCUUGGAAUCCAGUUCUGCAUUGGACUGUUUGUUAUAAGAACACAACCAGGUUUAGUAGCCUUUGACUGGCUUGGAAAACAAGUGCAGAUAUUCCUUGAUUACACCAAAGAAGGAUCAGGGUUUGUUUUCGGUGACCUGAUUAACGACAUUUUUGCCUUUCAAGCUUUGCCCAUCGUUGUGUUUUUCAGCAGCGUUAUGUCUGUCCUUUACUUUCUGGGAGCGAUGCAGUGGCUAAUUUUAAAGAUCUCAUGGCUUAUGCAGAUAACACUCGGGACCUCGCCCACUGAGACAUUAAGCGUGGCAGGGAACAUAUUUGUUGGCCAGACUGAAGCUCCGCUACUUAUUCGCCCCUAUUUGAAGGAUAUGACCAAAUCAGAGAUCCAUGCUGUUAUGACUGGUGGAUUUGCAACCAUAGCAGGCAGCGUCAUGGGAGCGUUCAUCUCAUUUGGGAUUGAUGCAUCUUCCUUGAUAUCAGCCUCUGUGAUGGCUGCUCCCUGUGCUUUGGCCAUAUCUAAGCUGUCUUAUCCUGAGACAGAAGAGAGUCACUUUAAUUCAGAUGAGAAGAUCAAAGUGGCUGCUGGCGACGAACAGAACAUUUUGGAAGCUAUUAGCAGCGGUGCAUCUUCAUCAAUAGGCCUUGUUGCCAACAUUGCUGCUAAUUUAAUAGCAUUUCUUGCCAUUCUGGGCUUCAUAAAUAGUGCUUUGAGUUGGCUUGGAGGUAUGGUGGGAUAUCCUCAAAUCACCUUUGAGUUAAUUUGCUCGUAUGUGUUCAUGCCCAUCACCUUUAUGAUGGGAAUACCAUAUGAGGAGAGUUUCACUGUGGCUGAGCUCAUUGGGACGAAGCUCUUCCUCAAUGAGUUUGUUGCUUAUCAGAAGCUCUCUGAGCUGAAGAACAACAGACUCGAAGGAUUUGAUGAAGUUGUCGGAGGUGAAAGACAGUGGAUAUCUGUCAGAUCAGAAAUAAUUACAACUUAUGCUCUCUGUGGGUUUGCCAAUUUUAGCUCACUCGGGAUUGUAAUUGGAGGCCUAUCCGCCAUAUGCCCAUCAAGAAGAGGUGACAUCUCAUCUCUGGUGCUGAGAGCCAUGAUUACUGGAACAUGUGUGUCUCUAGUCAAUGCUUGCAUUGCAGGUCUCCUCUUCCUUCCACCACUCGACUGUGUGGAGGUGUUUAAAACAUCUUCCUUCGAUGCAGCAGAUGGAAAUAUUCAAAAAUGCUGCCAAGACUUGUUUCAGAGCACCGUAAUCAAUGGGACCGUUGGGUUUAAAGAUCCAUGGAAUAGUGUUCAAAAUGUCACUUUAUUUUUUUCAAAAUGUUGCCAGUGUUGUGGCCUUUCUAAUGUAGAUGUUUGCUAGUAGAGAAGACCAUUGUAAAGAAAAACCCUCGAGAGGUUUGCAUUUACAGCCAUUCAAAGCUGCUAAAAUUCUUUUAACAAUAAACAUGGCUGAAUCUUAGUUAGUGCUACAUACAGCUAAAUGAGCACUUCUAAUUUAAAUAUUUUGCCAAAAAUGAUCAAAACUUUUUUUUUGGUGUGUCUGCACUAUGCAGGCUCAUACUGAUUUCACUCAAGCAGAUGUUUUCUUUUUGAAAUGUUCAGUUAUU